GAUGGGGGACUGGUGCUUUAACUAAAUCAAGUGCAGCGAGAAUCGAUUGGCGCUGUGAUACAUGCAUCUGAAUCUGCAGCAGGGCAUUAGUAGUGUAUUGUCUUAAGAUUCCAGAUCUGUCCUUACAAUGGAUUUCCCUUUCGACCUAAACGCGCUUUUCCCCGAGAGAAUUACUGUGCUGGACAACAAUUUGAGUGCAGGUCGGAAAGCGCAUGGGAGACCAGAUCCUCUUCUUCAGAUCAGCACAGUUAUAGAUGAGCUGGGCAAAGCCUCCUCUAAGGCCCAGCAGCUGCCUGCUCCUAUAACCAGUGCAGCAAAGCUCCAGGCCAACAGACACCAUCUCUACCUCCUGAAAGAUGGAGAACAGAACGGCGGGAGGGGUGUUAUUUUGGGGUUUCUGAAGGUUGGCUACAAGAAGCUGUUUUUACUUGACCAACGGGGGGCGCAUUUGGAGACCGAGCCAUUGUGUGUGCUGGAUUUCUAUGUGACAGAGACACUGCAGAGACAUGGCUACGGGCUCGAGCUCUUCGACUUCAUGCUGAAACACAAACGGGUGGAGCCUGAACAGAUGGCGUACGAUAGACCUUCUCCUAAAUUCCUGUCAUUUCUAGAAAAGCACUAUGAUCUCAAGAACAGUGUGCCUCAGGUGAAUAACUUUGUGGUGUUCAGUGGAUUCUUCCAGAGUAGAUCAGUGGUCCAACUGAGAAAAGUUCACCCAAAAAAGCCAGAGGGAGAGAUCAAACCGUAUUCACUAAUGGAAAGAGAAGUGGUUCAGGAGGAGCAGAGGGUUCUCCCCUGGCCGUUCGUUCACCCCGCGGGUCCCCCCCACUCUCCCCCUCUGCUUCCGUCAUCUCCGCAAUCCCGUUCGCUCAGUGUGGGAUCCUCCCCCAGCCGUGCCCUGCUCCGCCCCGCCGCGGCCCCCCGGACCCCCUUCUCCCAGCUCAACGACAGCUGCAGGGCAAAACGCACCAGCCAUCAGGGUCUGGUUGCCAGGAGCAACUUCUACAGUCGCCAUAUCAACAGCCGAAACCUCGGGCAAUUAUUGGUGGAAGAGCAGAACCCCUUGAAGCUUCCAGCUGUCGUGUGUGCUUCCUCAGGGCUGAAAGCAGAGCUCAGUGAGAGAGUGUGUGACACAAGGGCAAACGCAGAUGCAGAGGAACACAAACACACUUCAGAAAGACCGCAUCCUCAAGGCCAGGUUGUGUCCCUUCCGACACGUGCCGCCCCCAAGAAAGAUCAUGUUCAGGAGCAGACCUCUAUAACAGCCCUGGAACGCAGAGAAGAGCUGCAGACCAAAGUGUCACAGAACAGAGAAGAGGGCUGGAGGAAAGGUGGAGCGGCUGCGAUGGAGAGGGGCGGAUGGUCCUGGACGGUUGGGGAGAGCCGCUGUAUGGCCCAGUGGGUCCGACAGAAACAGGAGUAUCGCAGCACACGGCCCUGAUGACAGAAGAUGUUAAGAACAGAAAUGAACUGUUGGACAUCGCAAAGAAGUGAGAAUAAUAAAGGGAGAGAAAGAACUUUUAUUAAACCACAAAAGUGAAAAAGACCUUUAAUGAAAAAAACAUCAAGCAGCUAUUUGUAACUUUUUUUUUAUCAGUCCUAUUUAUAAAUGUGUCAGCUAUUCAUUUUAUGGCUUGUGCUUUUAUAAUCACAAUGUUUUAUAAUGUUCUCCAAAAACCGGUCAAUGCAAAA